UACAAAAUCGGCAUAUAAUAACAACAAUUGUUGUUUAUUGUUAAAUAUCGGAGAUGGCAACUGUAACGACAACUAUUAAGACUGAGCUUUGCUCUUUUAGCGACUACAGGGUUUAUCCUGGUCGUGGUCAAAAGUUUGUUGCUCGUGAUGGCAAGGUGUACUUCUUUUUGAGCUCCAAGUCUGCUUCUUUACACAAGCAACGUGUGAAGCCCGCCAAGGUGAAGUGGACUCCUAGUUGGCGCAAGGCUAACAAGAAGUUCCAGACUGAGGUAUCUGGUCGUCGUCGUUCUAAGAAGGCUGCUCGUUAUCAGAAGGCCUUUUUGGGUUUAAGUUUGGAGGAGCUUAAGGCUAAGCGUGCCAGUGCUGCUAAGGCCAAUGCAAAGAUGGAUUCCAAGCAGGCUUUGAUCGCUGAGGCUAAGGAGAAGGCCAAGAAAUUGAAGGGUGCUGUUGCUAAGGCCACUGGCCCUGCUCAGGCUAAGCCUGCUGCCAUCCCCAAGAAGAUGGCCAAGCCUGCCAUGCGCAAGUAACCUUGAUUAUAAUAUUGAUUGGGAUACC